AUGAAGCUCUUGUGGCAGGUAACUGUGCACCACACCUGGAACGCUGCCCUGCUCUCGGUCGUCUACCUCACGGCGCAGGUGUGGAUUCUGUCUGCAGCAGCUGCCUGGGCUGGAGCCCCGAACUGCCCCUCCGUCUGUUCCUGCAGUAACCAGUUCAGCAAGGUGGUGUGCACGCGCCGCGGCCUGGCCGAGGUCCCUCAGGGCAUCCCUUCCAACACCCGCUAUCUCAACCUCAUGGAGAACAACAUCCAGCUGAUCCAAGCGGACACCUUCCGGCACCUGCACCACUUGGAGGUCUUGCAGCUAGGCAGGAACUCCAUCCGCCAGAUCGAGGUGGGUGCUUUCAACGGGCUGGCCAGUCUCAACACCCUGGAAUUGUUUGACAACUGGCUGACCGUCAUCCCGAGCGGGGCCUUCGAGUACUUGUCCAAGCUGCGGGAGCUGUGGCUCAGGAACAACCCCAUCGAGAGCAUCCCUUCGUACGCCUUCAACCGGGUCCCGUCCCUCAUGCGCUUGGACCUGGGCGAGCUCAAGAAGCUGGAGUACAUUUCUGAGGGGGCUUUCGAGGGAUUAUACAACCUGAAGUACCUUAAUCUUGGGAUGUGUAACAUUAAAGACAUGCCGAACCUCACGCCCCUGGUGGGGCUGGAGGAACUGGAGAUGUCGGGGAAUAACUUCCCCGACAUCAAGCCAGGAUCUUUCCAUGGGUUAAAGUCUCUCAAGAAGUUGUGGAUUAUGAACUCCCAGAUCAGCCUGAUUGAGCGGAACGCAUUCGACGACCUCACCUCGCUGGUGGAGCUCAACCUGGCCCACAAUAACCUGACCUCGUUGCCGCACGACCUUUUUGCCCCCCUGAGAUACCUGGUGGAGUUGCACUUGCACCACAACCCCUGGAGCUGUGACUGCGACAUCCUGUGGCUCUCCUGGUGGCUGCGGGAGUACAUCCCCACCAACUCCACCUGCUGCGGGCGCUGCCACGCCCCGAUGCACAUGAGGGGCAAGUUCCUGGUGGAGGUGGACCAGACCUCCUUCCAGUGCUCCGCACCCUUUAUCAUGGACGCCCCCAUGGAUCUAAACAUCUCUGAAGGACGAGUGGCGGAGCUCAAGUGCCGAACUCCCUCCAUGUCCUCUGUGAGGUGGUUGCUGCCUAACGGGACCGUUCUGAGCCACGCGUCCAACCACCCACGGAUAUCCGUCCUCAAUGACGGGACCUUGAACUUCUCCCAUGUUUUGCUAACGGACACCGGGGUUUAUACGUGCAUGGUCACCAAUGUGGCAGGGAACUCCAAUGCCUCGGCCUACCUCAACGUGAGCACGGCCGAGCUCAACACUUCCAACUACAGUUUCUUCACCACCGUCACGGUGGAAACCACAGAGAUCUCCCCCGAAGACAUCUCCCCAAAAUUCACUAAGCCAGUGCCAACGACUUCAACAGGGUACCAGCCGGCGUACACCACCACCACCACGGUGCUGAUCCAGACCACCAAAACGCCCAAGCAGGUGGCGGUGCCCACCGCGGACACUAACGACAAAAUGCAGACCAGCCUGGACGAGGUGAUGAAGACCACUAAGAUCAUCAUCGGCUGCUUCGUGGCGGUGACGUUGCUGGCGGCGGCCAUGCUGAUUGUCUUUUACAAACUUCGCAAGCGGCACCAGCAACGCAGCACGGUGACGGCCGCCCGGACCGUGGAGAUCAUUCAGGUGGACGAGGACAUGCCGGCGGCUCCAGCGGCUCCGACCAGCGUAUCAGGUGAGGGGGCAGUUGUGCUGCCAACAAUUCAUGACCAUAUUAACUACAACACCUACAAACCGGCCCACGGGGCCCACUGGACAGAAAACAGCCUGGGGAAUUCGCUACACCCCACAGUAACCACUAUCUCUGAACCUUAUAUAAUUCAGACCCACACCAAGGACAAAGUACAGGAAACUCAAAUAUGA